AUGUCCACACUAGUUCCUCCACCGUCCAAGAAGCAAAGAAGAGAAGCUCAGAAACCUAAUGAAGUUGAAAUAUUACCCGAGAAUUUGCCAAAUAUUUCCAUUAAAUUUCAAGCAUUAGAUACUGGGGAAAAUGUUGGUGGAUCUUUAAGAGUUCCCGCAGGAAUAACCGAGAAACAAUUGGAAGAGCUUUUGAACAACUUGAAUGGAACUGCAGAUGAUCCUGUUCCUUUCAUCUUUAGCUGUAAUGUCCCAGGUAAAACCUCUAAGGAUCCAGAACGUUCUAUCGAUGUGGUAGAUAAUUUAUAUUCAUCGAUUUUAAAGCCUGGCUACCAUGGUACGGAAGAUAUCAUUACUUUAGUUUACACACCUAGAGCAGUUUUCAAAGUCAAACCCGUUACUAGAAGUUCAUCUGCCAUUGCGGGCCAUGGCUCCACAAUAUUAUGUUCUGCAUUUGCCCCACAUACUAGUUCGCGGAUGGUCACCGGUGCUGGUGAUAAUACUGCUCGUAUAUGGGACUGUGAUACUCAAACUCCCAUGACUACGCUGACAGGUCACCAAAAUUGGGUCUUGUGUGUGUCAUGGUCUCCAGAUGGAGAAAUUAUUGCCACUGGUUCUAUGGAUAAUACAAUAAGGUUGUGGGAAUCUGAUCGUGGUAAACCAUUAGGUGAACCAUUAAGAGGACAUUUAAAGUGGAUUACAUCAUUAUCCUGGGAGCCUUUGCAUCUCGUCAAAGCUGGAGAGAAACCAAGAUUAGCCUCCGCAUCUAAAGACGGAACCAUCAAAAUAUGGGAUACUGUUAGAAGAGUUUGUGUCUACACGUUGAGUGGACAUACAAACUCUGUGUCAUGUGUUAAAUGGGGUGGACAAGGCGUAUUGUAUUCAGGUUCCCAUGAUAAGACUGUCAGAGUAUGGGAUAUGAACCUAGGUGGUAAAUGUAUAAACAUUUUGAAAAAUCAUGCUCACUGGGUCAACCAUUUAUCUUUAUCCACAGACUACGCCUUAAGAAGGGGACCUUUCGAUCAUACAGGUACCAAAAUGGCAAGCCCUGAGGAGGCACGUGAGAAAGCUUUGAAGAACUAUGAAAAAGUGGUUAAAAAGAAUGGUACUACAGAAGAACUUAUGGUUACAGCGAGUGACGAUUUUACCAUGUUCCUAUGGAAUCCAUUAAAGUCUAACAAACCAUUAGCAAGAAUGACGGGUCACCAAAAACUGGUCAAUCAUGUUGCAUUUAGUCCAGACGGCAGAUAUAUUGUAUCAGCAUCCUUUGAUAACUCGAUCAAAUUGUGGGAUGGAAGAGAUGGAAAAUUCUUAUCUACAUUCAGAGGACAUGUAUCAAGCGUCUAUCAAGUUGCAUGGUCAUCCGACUGUAGAUUAUUGGUAUCAUGCUCUAAGGACACAACUUUGAAAGUGUGGGACGUUAGAACUAGAAAACUUUCCGUUGAUUUACCGGGACACCAAGACGAAGUUUACACUGUGGAUUGGAGUGUAGAUGGUAAAAGAGUUUGUAGUGGGGGUAAAGAUAAAAUGAUAAGAUUAUGGACACAUUAA